AUGUUUGUUCCGGGCAGAAAAGUGCUAAGUUACCGCCUUUUACAGUCCACAGCUAGGCUAGCUCGUCGAGCAAAGUCCGACAAGGGCACACAGCCGUUUGAGGUGGGCAACAUCGACCCAUCUCAUCUCGAUUUCCAAUCUGCAUCAUCUUCACCAUCGGCUCUCCCAUUUGAGCGGAGAAGACAUAGCGAGACAUUUGGCCAGUUAGUUCGCAGCGAGCAAUGGAGGAAGAGUGGUGACUUGAACGACUCCAACUACGUCAAGAAAGUCGAACUCCAUUCUGAAAAUCCUCUCUUUGAUCCACUGCCAUCCCCGUUCAGAAACGAAGACGGGUCUUUCAUCCGAGGCGAAACAUCCGAGGAAGCAAGACUUGAUCCGUUAACUCUCAAGGCCAGAGUGGAUCAUUCAGUGACGAAGCUUCCUUAUGAGAUUGCUAAAGUGAUCAACAAAAAUAUCCUACUGGUUGUGCAGCCAGAUAAGCUUCGUGAACGGGCCGCCCUAGUGUAUCAAAGUUUGGAAAAAGAUCAGAUCCAAAAAGCGCCAGACCUGAGUUUGGAAGCCGAUGCUCACAUUGCGGCGUUAUUUCUUCAGAAUUACGCACACGCAAGAAGGGUUCUUCUGGAGUUGAAAAAUCGCGUUGGUGAUUCCUUCAAUCCUGAUAGCGUUUUAGAUGUGGGAUAUGGACCAGGUACUGGUAUGAUUGCUCUUAAUGAUAUUAUGGGAGAUGAAUUCAAACCCCGUACGAAAGAGGUAUAUGUUGUUGGCAGAGGCAACAAGGAAAUGAAGAAAAGAGCCAAGAUUCUUCUUUCAAGACAAGUAUGUGAAAUUCCAGAUGAAGAUGAAGUGUCAGAUGUUCUGGAAGGAAGCGAGGCGAUUUCAUCUGAACUAUCAGGAGAUCACGAGGAGCCAGUUUCCAACGAGACGGAAGCGAACGAGGAUGAUUACAUCGGACCAGUUGACUCAUCUCAGAUCCAAAUACGUACCAAAUUAAGAGAUUCUUUACCUUCAACCAAGCAAUAUGAGUUGAUCAUCGUGAACCAGGCGUUACUUACUCGAGAAUACAGUUUUCCCUCAGAUGUGGAUACGAAUAUAUACAUGCUUUUGAGAUUGCUCAAGCCAAACGGACACCUUGUUUUGAUCGAAAGGGGAAAUGCAUUAGGCUUUGAAAUCAUUGCAAGAGCCAGACAAGUUAUGCUUCGCCCUGAAUCACAUGAAGGAGAAAAUGGAAAGAUCCCACGUCCUUAUGUGAAAGGAUCUACAUAUAAACCCCAAAAACUCCGGAAAGAAGACCAGCUCAUUACUGAAGACCAUAUCAAGUAUGAAGAGCAGCUUUUGGCUGAAUUGGAGGCGGAAGAGGAACUUGAGAAAUUGGAAGAGACGUUGAGUGCCUCAGAAGACAACUUAGAAGCGGAACUCACAGAAAAGUUCGGAGAAGUUACAGAGAAAGAUCUUAAAUUUGAAUUCGAAGACAGCGAAGAAUUCGAGGUUUUGACACCAGGACAGACGCCGGCGGGGGAUGAACCGGUGACCGACAAAGUUGAUUACCAUUUAAGUGUGGUUGCACCAUGCUCGCACCACGGUAGAUGCCCUCUCCAAUUGGGAGAUCCUAAAUUCUACAAGAUUUCGAACCAUAAGCACCGGUUGAGCUUCUGCUCUUUCAACCAUGUGGUUGAAAGGCCCAAGUACACUAUGGAGCUCAAGAAAGGCCGUCGUCUUGCAACGCAAUGGGAUAAGAGUACUGAAGAUGGGUUCGGAAUUGACAGACUCAGCAAAAAGACAUUGAAGACAUUAGAAGGGUCAGGUCGUCCAGGAGGAAAUAAUACAGAAUCGGGCAAUUUUUCAUACCUCAUCAUGCACCGGUCUCCGAACGAUAGCAAGACGAUUGAGAAAAUCGAGAAUGACAGAGAGCACCACACAGAUAGUGACCAAGCGCCUCACUGGCCACGAGUCUUGGAGUUCCCAGCGAAGAUUAAAAACAAUGUCCGUCUCAAAGUGUGUGCGCCUUCGGGGAACAUUGAAAUUUGGCAGGUUCCAAAGAGUUUGGGCAAACAAACGUAUCAUGAUGCCCGUAAAGUCAGACAGGGAGACCUCUGGGCAUUAGGGAAGAAAAGUGCUGUGGUGAAGAACCGACUUUCGGAAGCCAAUUUCGAAAAGUUGAACAGAUUAGCUAACACACAGCGCAAAUUUGUGCUCAAGGAGAAGAGAAAGAAACAAUGGAAAAAGAUUACCAGUCUGUCAGAAGACGCUUUCGAGGAAGGAGAAAAUCCUGAAGAGCUUGCGGAUCGCCUUGCUACGGAAUUGGAGGUGACUAAGAAGUAUAAGACCCAAGGUAAGAGGGCUAAGUUUGAUGUUGAUCCUCAGGAUUACAACGGUCGUUGA